UCAUGUGACGUCGCAAAUCAGCUGAUCCUCCGUAGACAUCUUUACCAGUCACGACUGCGGCGAUUAAUUCAUACCUCCUCCUCUGUGAUUUCGGGCCUGCAGGAUCUCUGACAGCUGACACCAUGGCGCUGAGCGAUGCGGACGUCCAGAAGCAGAUCAAGCACAUGAUGGCCUUCAUUGAGCAGGAGGCCAACGAGAAGGCAGAAGAGAUCGAUGCAAAGGCAGAAGAAGAGUUCAACAUCGAGAAGGGUCGUCUGGUCCAGACCCAGAGGCUGAAGAUCAUGGAGUACUACGAGAAGAAGGAGAAGCAGAUCGAGCAGCAGAAGAAGAUUCAGAUGUCGAACCUGAUGAACCAGGCCAGGCUGAAGGUGCUCAAGUCCCGCGACGACAUGAUCUCAGACAUGCUGAACGAGGCUCGCCAGCGUCUGGGUAACGUGGCGAAGGAUCCGUCCAGGUAUCCGGCGCUGCUGGACGGAUUGAUCCUGCAGGGCUUUUAUCAGCUUCUGGAGCCCAAAGUGACGAUUCGCUGCCGUAAACAGGACGUGCAGAUGGUGCAGGCGUCCAUCCAGAGGAACAUCCCGGUGUAUAAAGCAGCGGUGAAGAGCAGCAUCGAGGUCCGCAUCGACCAGGACAACUUCAUCUCUCCUGACAUUUCUGGAGGUGUUGAGAUCUAUAACGGAGACGGGAAGAUCAAGGUGUCCAACACUCUGGAGAGCAGACUGGACCUCAUGGCUCAGCAGAUGAUGCCUGAGAUCCGAGUGGCUCUCUUCGGUGCCAACCCAAACCGCAAGUUCAUGGAUUAAAUAUCUCCACUGUAUUAGAGGAAAAAACUCCUUUUUAUUUUUUAUUUUGUCACAUGAAAGACGUCAUUCCUCUGUCUGUGAAUCUUUGAUGCAAAACGAGACGUUGGUUGUUGUUGUUGUUGUUGUGUUGCUGUGUUUUCUGUGCAUGAAGGGACGUGAUGACAUCACAGAUGUUUACUCUGCUGCUCCAGGUCUCACUUUACGCUGAUUCAUCAGCUUUUAUUUUAACAGCUUCUCCUCUAAUUGGAUCAGGACAAACAUUCCCCGGUUCAUUAACUUCUUCCCCACAUUAUAAUAAGUUGCACGGGGCAUUGUGUUGCUAAUGGAUGUCUGCUCCAACCAGUUACUGAGAAUUACAGAGACAAUAAAUAGCAUCCUGUAAACAACCAGCUGACCUUCAGGAGUUAAUUUAUUGCUGCGUGUUGAAUUCAUCAUUCCAGAGGGUGAACUGUAUGUAUAUGAGGUUUCCAGAUUAAAUUAUGUGUGGAUGUUGUUCUGUUUUUUGUUCUUUUCUUUCUUUGUUUUUGUCUCAAACUGAAGAUGUUAUAUUGUGGAAAUGUAAAACAUAAUAAAAUAUAAAUCAUUAGUA